AUGAACAUAUUAACUGUAUUUCCAAUAGCAAUGGCAUUGGCGGAUAUGGUUAUUGAAGAAGUUGGUAAUUUCGAUUAUUUUCAACUAACUUUAAUUUACCCAACGUCUGCUUGUCGUGCUUAUUAUGACCGAUCCACUAAAUUUAUUGCUAUGGAGAGUUUUUGCAAGGUCCCCGUCGAUGCUGCCCCGUGGACAAUUCAUGGGUUGUGGCCGAGUCGUAACGAUGGAUCAUUCCCGCAGUUCUGUGAUGGCAAAAAGAAAUUUAAUGUAUCCAAACUUCUCCCAAUUAGACAAAAAUUGGAAAGAAGUUGGCCAAAUUUGUUUGUAAUGCAAUCUGCAUCAUCGCUUUGGAAGCAUGAAUGGGAAAAGCAUGGAACAUGUGCAGGAGUUGUGGAAGAAGUCAGCGAUGAAGUGAAAUAUUUUAACAAAUCUCUUGCUCUCUAUGAACAAUUUGAUAUCUUCGGCAUGUUGGGAAAGCAAGAAAUCAUUCCAUCACAAGGAAAGUUAUAUGAUAGAACAUUAUUGCAUCGAAGUCUAACAUCUGCUUAUGGAAAAAAUGUGGAAUUUCAUUGCCUAAAAGAUAAAAAGACUAAAAAUUGGUUGUUAGCUGACGUUCGUCUAUGUUUAACAAAAAAUUUCCAACUUAUGGAUUGUAAGAUGAAGCCAUGGAAAUGGCAAAAUUCGAAAAUGUCGCGCUUAUCAACAUAUCAAUUUUGUCCGAUAGAUAAUAUCGCCUACUUUCCCUUCAAUAAUGCUUGUUCAGUUGAAAGCAAUAAUAUUGUUGUCGGACAUAUAAUCUCAAUUUUAUUCAUAACGCUGUAUAAUUUGUGGGAUUGCUUUCAUCUUCAGACGUUAAUAUUCUAA